CUCUCCCUUCUGUGGGACAGCUUUGAAAGCACACCCAACAGAAUUGGCUCAACGAACUUCAUGGUCACCUGAACGGGGUCAAGGUCCAAAGGGGCGUGUGUAUGUGGAGAAAUGGCUAAUCCAAGAACUCUUCCUGGUGGUACUGCAUUCUUAGCAGGGUUCAGCAGGCAUGGCAUCCUCAGGGGUCACCACUGGUUGCACAAGCCCCGCCCCUCCUUCACCCACUUGUGGGAAAAGCCAGGAGGAAGGAGCUGGCUGCUGGUGUUCUAGUGCGCGGCCCUGCCCCAGCCUCUGCCAGCUUCGGGACUUUUGUAAAGUACUGAUCUCAGAGAGUGGGGCACUCUGGGGCCAAGCCCCCAUGAGGCCAAGUUAGGAAAACCUCUGGGAAAGCUCUCUUGCUACCUGCUGCAGCUAUAGCCCGUGUGCCUUGGUCUGCAGAACCAUGACUGCUCCCACCCGCGACCUUGGCGCAGGCUGAAGCGGCAGCUCCGCCCAUCCAACUCCAAGACCCGGGUUCUUUCGUUCGCCUGCUGCCUCUGCGGCAGCACGGUUUUUUAAUUCCUCCCAUUUCACAGAGGAGAAAACUGUAGUACGGGAUGGCUUGGUUGGCUAGUCCAAAGUCGCGCAGCUGGUUAGGGCCGAGCCUGGAUUUCGAGAAAGAGCCAUAUGGCCCCUGCAGACCUGGCCUCGGAGGGUCCCAAGCUUGAGGACCCGCCGGCCCCCCACCUCUUUGGAAAGUGCCCUUCUGGCUUAAUCAUGGCGAAGCUGGAGACGUUACCUGUGCGCACUGAUCCAGGGAGGGAUCCUCUCCUGGCCUUUGCCCCCCGGCCUUCUGAGCUUGGACCCCCAGAUCCCCGCCUGACUAUGGGCAGUUGCUCGGAGCCACUAGUUCGGCCAUCAGCCUUCAAGCCUGUUGUACCCAAGAACUUUCAUUCCAUGCAGAACUUGUGUCCUCCACAGACCAAUGGGACCCCUGAGGGACGACAGGGCCCCGCAGGCCUCAAAGGCGGACUGGACAAGUCUCGGACCAUGACCCCAGCUGGUGGGAGUGGGGGUGGCCUCUCAGACUCAGGCCGGAACUCACUCACAAGCUUGCCCACCUAUAGCUCCAGUUAUAGCCAGCAUCUGGCACCCCUCAGUGCUUCCACCAGCCAUAUCAACCGUAUUGGCACCGCUGGCUAUAGUAGUGGCAGCAGCGGUGGGGGGUCAGGCUACCAGGAUCUGGGGACCUCUGACAGUGGGCGGGCUUCCAGUAAGAGUGGGUCGUCAUCAUCCAUGGGGCGGUCAGGCCACCUGGGAUCCGGGGAGGGUGGAAAUGGGGGCCUGCCAUUUGCAGCCUGUUCACCACCCUCGCCCAGUGCGCUGAUCCAGGAGCUGGAGGAGCGGCUGUGGGAGAAGGAGCAGGAGGUGGCAGCUCUGCGGCGCAGCCUGGAGCAGAGCGAGGCAGCCGUGGCCCAGGUGUUGGAGGAGCGGCAGAAGGCAUGGGAGCGGGAGCUGGCCGAGCUCCGGCAGGGCUGCAGUGGGAAGCUGCAGCAGGUGGCCCGCCGUGCCCAGCGUGCCCAGCAGGGCCUACAGCUGCAGGUGCUGCGGUUACAGCAGGACAAGAAACAGCUGCAGGAGGAGGCGGCCCAGCUGAUAAGGCAGCGGGAAGAGCUCGAGGACAAGGUGGCCGUCUGUCAGAAGGAGCAGGCCGACUUCCUGCCCCGGAUGGAGGAAACUAAGUGGGAGGUGUGCCAGAAGGCCGGUGAGAUUUCCCUCCUGAAGCAACAACUGAAGGACUCUCAGGCCGAUGUGUCGCAGAAGUUGAGUGAAAUCGUGGGGCUGCGCUCACAGCUUCGGGAGGGUAGGGCCUCGCUCCGGGAGAAGGAGGAGCAGCUGCUCAGCUUGAGGGACUCCUUCGGCAGCAAACAGGCCAGCCUGGAGCUGAGUGAAGGCGAGCUGCCCCCUGCCUGCCUCAAGCCUGCGCUGACCCCCGUGGACCUGGUCGAGCCACAGGAGGCGCUGGCCUCCUGUGAGAGUGACGAGGCCAAGAUGCGCCGGCAGGCUGGCGUGGCGGCUGCCGCUUCCCUGGUUUCUGUUGAUGGGGAGGUGGAGGCUGGAGGAGAGGGUGGGACACGGGCCCUACGCAGGGAGGUGGGGAGACUGCAGGCUGAGCUGGCUGCUGAGCGGCGCGCCCGUGAGCGCCAGGGUGCCAGCUUUGCGGAGGAGCGCCGGGUGUGGUUGGAGGAGAAGGAGAAGGUCAUUGAGUAUCAGAAACAGCUCCAGCUGAGUUACGUGGAGAUGUAUCAGCGCAACCAGCAGCUGGAGCGGCGACUUCGGGAGCGUGGGGCAGCAGGGGGGUCCAGCACGCCUACUCCCCAACAUGGAGAGGAAAAGAAAGCCUGGACCCCCUCCCGCCUGGAGCGCAUCGAGUCCACUGAAAUCUGAUUCUCUAUCUACGUGCACAACCUUCUGACAUGUGCCCUGUCUGAAGGUCGGAGUCACCAAUGUCCCCUUCCAUUCAUCUCCCUUCCCCACGUGUGCUGCACAUCCCCAGACCAAAGAGGUUCUCGAAGCAGCUGUGACCAGCCCCCCCCCCCACCUUGUCCCCCGUCCAUGCAGCUCCAGCACUGCCUUUGUGGGUGACCACUCCAGCCCCCCUGCCAAGGAGAGCAUGGGAGAGGGCAGAGUGCAAUGGGGUGAGGUCCCAGGCGCAUGGAGCAAGGCUCCCUUUCUGGGGAAGCCUCGUGUUGGAGAUAGAGGCAGCAGGCUUGCAUUGCCAGGGAGUACCCCAGCUCCUUUCCCUUCUUGGGCUGCUACCACCGUCUGUCCAGUGCUACUGUCUGUGCCCUCCUAGGCCACACAGCCUGAGGGAUCUUGCAUGGGUCUGCCUGUGUCGACAGACCCUAGGCUCCCAGUCUCUCUCUUUCAUGUGCUCUUCUCCUUCCCCAGGCAGAUUGGCAGGGGAAGUGGGAGCAGAUGGCCUGCCUGUGGUUGAGAGGGCUACCUGCCCGACCCCUCCCCCACCAAGGUAUUUUGGACUCCAGCCUCAGAGCCUGGACUAGUCCUGAGCAUGUGUCCCUCUGUGUAUAGUGAGGGAAGUGAGAGCAGAGGCUGGAAACUCAAUCCCAAGGGGAGAUCUGCCUUCCUACCCUCGGGAAGGGUCACCUAGAGGCUUCUCAGCCCCACCCUCACCCUCUGGCCAGGAUCUUACAAGGCUACAUCCCCUGCUGCUUGGUUGAUCCCCCAACCCAGGGUCACUGCUCAGUUCUGCUUAUAGCUAUACCUGCCUCUUAGGUCUUCUGUUUGCACCAUUUCUGAGGUCAGAUGGAUGGAUGUUUGAUGUCUUCCUGUGUUUUCCCUCGAUCUCUCCCCUUGGCCUCCUUUUGCGCUCACAUCUUCCCAGGCUGCCUUUUCUUCCAAGUCUCACCUUUCCUCCCAGCAGAAAGCUCUGCUUGGCUUUUGGUGCACUGCUCAUCCCCAGCUCCACUGGCCCAAGUCUGAGCCUGGGGCCCUUGUUUUGAGGGGCCAGUCCGAGUUGGAUGGGACUGCCCCAGAGGAACAAGGCUAAUGUGUGUGUGUGUGUGUGUGUGUGUGUGAGAGAGAGAGAGAGAGAGAGAGAGAGAGAGAGAGAGAGAGAGAGAGAGAGGACUACUGACCCUUGGGUUGCUUGCCAGACUCUUGAGUUGGCUCAUUUGUCCUGGCAGGGUUGGCUGGUAUGGUCAUCAGUAUGGGACGUGACAGUCAAUGUCACUUCCUUCUCUAGGAUCUCUCAGAUUCUAUCUCCCCAAGACAGGCAGGGAAAUUCUAAUUUCUCUUUUAAGAAAGUAAAUUUCCACUUCACCAGCAAUAACAAUCAGAGGAGACUUGGCCCUCAGUCCUUGUAUUUCUCUUUUUCACUCUCUCUUCCACCCCAAGAUGGAAUCUUGGGGACAGGAUGGAGAGGGUUGGUAACUACUGUGAGCAAGUCCCCCAAGCCCUGACCAGCCUCCUCCCAUGACUGGUGACUGUUUAACAAGCUGUGCAUCCCCCACAAAAAUAGGAGUGCCCUAUUUGUAGUCUCCACCUCUCUGCACAGCCCUUCUGGGUGGUCCUCAGCAGGGUUUUGACCUUGAUUGGCGGCUACUCUGGCAACCACUGCCCAUUCUUCUAAUCCCUCACGACACCUGAUCCAGACCCUGAGCCUGGUCCACAGGGACUGGGAAAAGGCAUUAACACAAAACAAAAGAGAUUCGGGGAGAGAAAAAUAUGAACAGCUUUGGAAUGUCCAACUGCAAAAUAAAUUAUAUAUAAAUAUAUAAAUAUAUAAAUAUAUAUAUCUACCAUA